AUGAGUGACCUCCAGGCCUCAAAAAAAGCUGCAAAAACUGCUAUGAAAAAACUGCGUCUCUCUAAAAAUGAGUGGAGCAAUAAGUAUUUUGCCAUCGCUAUCGGUGCCAUCAUGGUUCUCUUUGCUGUAUAUCACUGGGCAAAUGUCAUUCACUUUUAUUAUGGUCGAAGGAGGAGCCAUCCUACAUUGACUCGGAAGUAUAGACAAGCUCGGUGCUUUCUUUCUACCUCAACGAGGGGAUUAAGGACAGAUAGGUCUAUCCUGUAUAUCAUCUACUGGGCAAUCAACUUGAUCCUCGCUUUAACAAAUGUUGACCUUACGAAUCUCAACUUUGUUGCCAAACGUUUUGGCUGGAUUUCAGUCGCAAACUUGGUGCUUUUAGUCUUCCUAGCCUUGAAGAAUACACCUCUGGCACCUUUGACAGCUACAUCCUACGAAAAGCUCCGCCCGCUACACAAAGUUGCCGGUUAUACCUGCAUCUUCACAAGCGUUUUGCAUGGUAUAGUGUACCUAGCUGCCUGGUCGGAGACCGGGGACCUAUACGAAAUGGAAGAAACAAGCAAUUUUGCCGGCGCAAUCGCAGGCUUUGCUAUGGUAAUCAUUGGCUUUUCAACUAUCACAUACUUCAUGCGAGGGUAUUAUGAACUCUUCUAUAUGUUGCACAUAGUCAUGUUCAUUUUGAUUAUGAUCACGGUCGGAAUGCACCGUCCGAAAUUCAAGACAUCAUCGGUGAUUAUCGUGAUCUUCACUGCCUGUCUUUGGUUCAUGGACCGCAUCAUUCGUGGCGCAAAGAUAGUCUGGAACUUCUAUGGAAACUCCCUCACCGUCACAGCUUUACCCAACAAUGCCCUUCGGGUGAAACUCAGCCGUCGCAUGCACUGCAGGCCAGGUUCUCAUGCAUUCUUAUGGGUUCCUGCCAUCCGCUGGAUUGAAAGCCAUCCUUUCACCCUAGUAUCUUCGAACCCGUCCGAGUUCGUCAUUCGAGUAUACGAUGGGUUCACGCGAGAUUUAUACAAAGCUGCCCAGCAGUCACCGGGGAAAUCCUUACGCUGUUCUGUAGACGGUGCUUAUGGUCAAGUUCCCAAUUUCAAAGUGUUUGAAAAAGUCAUUCUUGUCGCCGGUGGAAGCGGUGCCAGCUUCACCUUUGCUAUUGCACUAGACUUGAUCGCGACAUCUAGCAAAACAGUGAAGUCGAUUGAUUUUAUUUGGGUAGUGAGAAACCAAGAGAGCCUCGAAUGGUAUGCCCAGGAGCUCAAGCAACUUCAAUCUCAUCCAGAAGUAAAAUUGUUCAUUCACGUCACCGGUCAGGCCAGCCUGACCGCCACAUCGUUAUCCACAUCCCCAAGCUCUUCAUCAGAAAGAGUAUCUGAAAAGGACGGUGUGAUACAACCAGAGGAUUCCCCAGCCUUUUCCAGAGACGACCCUGAGAAAGGCGUUGCCCAAGAGGCUACAUGCGAUAUUUCUUCGGUCAACGGGAUCCUGCUAGGGCGCCCGCACAUUGGCAACUUGAUCGCGGCCGCUGCUGCUGGAAGCGGCACAUCAGAUGACCGCAUCAUUGUUGGUGCUUGUGGUCCUGCGGAGCUCCUGGGUACAACACGGAAGGCUGUUAACAACGAGUUAUAUAACGACGGACCACCGAUAACAUUCUACAGUGAGGUGAGUUAA